UAUAUAUAGUAAUAAUAAUAAUAAUAAAUGGCUAGGAUCAUUGUCCUUACUGUAUGGAUAAUAAUAGCGGUGAGCAUGAGACAUAUUGGAGAAGCAAAAGAAUGGUCACUACUACAAGCACCAAGUGAAAUACAACAAAGGCUUAUUCGUGACCCUCUCUCAAUUUCACUAGCCUCAACCGAUUACGGUCACAUCAUUCACCAAAACCCUACAGCCAUCUUCGCACCAAUUUCCGUUACGGACAUUUCUAACUUGAUUCAAUUCUCAAAUUCCCUUCCUAUCCCUUUCGGGAUCGCCGCCCGAGGCCAGGCACACUCCGUUCACGGCCAGUCCAUGGCGCGGGACGGGGUAGUGGUCAACAUGACGGCUCUCACGGAGGGGAGAGGGGUGGUUGUUGUGCCGGAUGGCGGUGCAUUGGGUCCUUAUGCGGAUGUUGGUGGUGAAGCGAUUUGGAUUGAUGUUCUGCAUGCAGCACUUAAACGUGGACUCACGCCGUUAUCUUGGACUGAUUAUUUGUACUUAUCAGUUGGUGGAACUCUCUCUAAUGCUGGCAUUAGUGGCCAAACCUUCCUUUUUGGUCCUCAGAUCUCCAAUGUUCAUCAAUUGCACGUCGUUACAGGAAAAGGAGAACUAGUGACUUGUUCUACAGAUAAUAACAAAGAGUUAUUUUAUGCCGUUCUUGGAGGUCUAGGUCAAUUUGGAAUCAUAACAAGAGCAAGAAUAGCCCUAGGGCCUGCACCCACAAGGGUGAAGUGGCUUCGUUUGCUUUACAAUAAGUUCACUGAAUUUUCUGGCGAUCAAGAGCAUUUGAUUGCAAUGAAUGGAAGAAACGAAACUAUUGGAGCCAAUUAUGUAGAAGGUUUUCUUCUACUAAAUCAACCACCACUAGACCUUUCUUUUUAUCCAGAAGCUGAUAAACCUCGCAUAACUUCUCUUGUAACCCAAUACGGCAUUAUCUAUAUUAUAGAAUUGGUCAAAUAUUAUGACAAUACCACUCAACAACAUGUCCACGAGGAUGUUGCACUCUUGGUCCAAGGAUUAAAGUUUGUACCUACGUUUAUGUUUGAGAAAGAUGUGUCGUAUGAAGAAUUUCUUAACAGAGUUCAUUCUGAUGAGCUGGCUCUUAGGUCACAAGGACUUUGGGAAGUUCCUCAUCCAUGGUUGAAUCUUUUUGUUCCAAGAUCUCGAAUUUCAGAUGUUGAUGAAGGUGUUUUCAAAGGCAUCAUGCUUAAGCAAAAUAUUAAUCCUGGAAUUGUGAUAGUUUACCCUGUAAACCGAUCAAAGUGGGAUGAUAAUAUGUCAGCAGUGACACCGAAUGAAGAUAUCUUUUAUGUUGUGAGUAUUUUGCGUGCAACGGAUUUUGAUAAGUUGGAAGCAUUUGAAGCUCAAAAUCAAGAAAUAUUACAAUUCUGUGAAGAUAAUGGCAUUGGGAUGAAGCAAUAUCUUCCACAAAACAAAACACAUCAAGAAUGGAUGUUACAUUUUGGUCCCAAAUGGACACUUUUCAAACAAAGAAAACAAGAAUUUGAUCCCAGAAAUAUAUUGUCUCCAGGACAAGGGAUUUUUAAUUAGCUAAGCAAUAAACUAUUUCGUCCUUUAUUUGAUAUAUUAUUGUAUAUUGAUUUGUUGUACAUUCAAUAUCAAUUAAAUUACUCUCUGUAACUAAAAA